UUGUGGUAUAUAUAGCUUUGACAAAUCUUUGGAAAAACAUUGUUCUGUGCUGCAAUUCUUAGUCUACGUUAGCUUCUUACAGCGUUCCUUGGUGCUGUAAUAAUGUGUAAAGAAUCGAUGAUAUUGAAGAAAAUAUCAUAGCUGCCAAAUAUGAAAACGUUCCUGAUGAUUUGGACCAACCCUGUUUAUUCCUCUCUUUUCAUGUUAAACUAAAACUCAGCGUGUGAGAGUAAUCUUUUAUGAUUAUGGACAUUUGACGAUGGUUUUGGAGUGGCCUGAAACAACAAGCUACUAGGCAAUAACAUACUCCAAACAGUACUGGACGAGUUUACUUGAUCUUUUCUGUUAAAUGCAUAAGAAGAAAAGUCUCUAUAAGAAGCUAGUGAGUUUUUUGUUGUUGUGUGUUCAACUUGAGUCGGAGCUGUUCUUAAUGAUUAUCUAUACUCCGUUUCAAGUUGAAUAAUAAUUCUGGUUAUUCCGAUCAACUCUGCUUCUCUCCUCUUCGCUUAUUAUUAUUAUUCCGUUUAAUCCUAUAUAAAUUUUUGUUUGAUUUUGCUGGACAAGCUCUGCUUUUUCAUUGGGAGAGGAAUCAAUCUUCGCUUCCUUUGUCUCCUUGAAGAUGAAGAACAUAGAUGAUUGAUGAAGCGAUGAUGAGUUAGCAUGAAUUCAGAAUAGUCGGCAAAGUCUUGAAGGCGUUUUUCCAGAAUUGUCGAUAGCCCAGCGGUGGGACACGUGGCUAUCAUGCGUACAUCGUUAUCUUUUGCUAGGGUCAUGUGGCAAUGAUAUGGGCUUCAAUUUUGGGCUGUAUGUUUUAUCUUGUAAUAUGAUCGGUGGCUGAAUUUACUUGUAUGAUGCCCAUUGGGCUUCUUAUUUCAAUGAAAUCAUUGAAAUGAAUCAGUUGACAAAAGAAAAACCCCUCCCCCUCCCUCCCCUGGCACAAAAAGUUUAGACAUUUUGAAAAUUAGAUUUUGGGAAGCUCCAUUUUCUGAAAGCAAAGAUUUUCUGAAUUGUUAGAUUUGAGUUUUCUGAAUGGACGAAGAAGAGCUGACGGAGCAGGAGACUGCCUUGUACGAUCGCCAGAUUAGGGUUUGGGGCGCUAAUGCUCAAAGAAGAUUGACCAAAUCUCAUAUCUUGGUUUCUGGAAUAAAGGGGACCGUUGCUGAGUUUUGCAAAAACAUUGUGCUGGCAGGAGUCGGUAGUGUGACGCUAAUGGAUGAUCGCUUGGUGAACGAGGAGGCCGUGAACGCAAACUUCUUGAUUCCUCCUGAUGAAAAUGCGUACAGAGGCAAAACCGUGGCUGAUAUCUGUUGUGAUUCGCUCAGGGGCUUUAACCCUAUGGUCCUUGUUUCUGUAUUCAAAGGUGAUUUGUCAACACUUGACACUGGAUUUUUUGAGAAGUUUGAUGUGAUAGUUAUUGGCUACGGUUCUUGUGCCACCAAGAUGUCUGUCAAUGAACAAUGUCGUAAGUUAUCGAAACGUGUGGCAUCCUAUACAGUCGAUUGCAGAGACUCAUGUGGCGAGAUAUUUGUCGACCUUCAAGACUACAAAUACACAAAGAAAAAGAUCGAAGAGACAGUUGAAUGUGAACUACAUUUUCCGAGUUUUCAGGAAGCUAUAUCAGUACCUUGGAAACUGCUUCCUCGGAGAACAGCAAAGCUCUACUUUGCUAUGAGAGUAAUAGAAGUGUUUGAGGAGAGUGAAAGGCGUAAACAUGGAAAAUGCUCAGUGCUUGAUCUUGCCACAGUCUUGGAAGUUAAAAAGAAACUAUGUGAGGCUAACUCUGUGAGCGAGAGCCAUAUACCAGAUAGUCUCUUGGAGAGACUUAUCAGUGGUACUAUCGAAUUCCCACCAGCUUGUGCCAUUGUAGGAGGAAUAUUAGCACAGGAAGUGAUCAAAGCUGUAUCAGGCAAAGGAGACCCGGUAAAGAACUUCUUCUACUAUGAUGCUCAAGAUGGGAAAGGUGUUAUGGAAGACAUCUCCAACUUUUUUACCUCUUAAACCACUGAGUUCUGAGUAUUCAUGAAUCUAAUUAUCUAAGAGAAGCUAAUUAUGUCUCAAUCGUUUGUUUGCAUCCAUGUUAUGAAGGUAGUGCAAUGCUUGUAGAAAAUGUUUGAAUUGUCAAUUUUCAAAUUUGGAAUUUUAUAAU